AUGGUCAACUGCACAGUCGCGCCGCCCGUGGCGCCCAGCGAGCCUGGUGUCGCCGGCACAGGCAUCCUCCUCUCAUUCAUGAUCACCGCCGUGCUCGCCCUCGCCCUCUCCGCCAGCGUCGUCGCCGCCCAGGUCCGCGGCCGCCCCGCCUCCGCCAGCACCGUCCAGCGGAAGCUCCUCAACGGCCUCAGCGACUCGCAGAUCGUCCAGGGCAUCGGCAUCCAGUCCGUCGCGCUCGCCAAGAUGCAGACCCUCGUACCGUACCACUUCUUCCUCGUCUGGAUGCUCUCGCUGCUGUCCAUGGCCACGCACAACGCCGCGCUGCUCGCGCUCGCCCGCGACUACCGCCGCGGCUGGGUCCUGCGCUGGCUGCGCCAGCUCCUCAUGCUCGCCAACCUCGUCCUCUCCUGCGUCUCCGGCGUAUUUGUCCUGCAGGUCGUCUCCCGCGGCAUGUCCGUCUCCACGCUCCCCGUCGCCUGCGUCUGGGACGGCGAUGCGGCGUUCGGGAAGCCGCCCGGCGCGGCCGGCGCGCUCUCGUACGUCGGCACCAUCGCCGUGAUUGUCGGCAACGUGGCCACGUUUGGCCUUGCCACGUGGUAUCUGCACAGCCGGGCGCAGCGCUGGUACAAGAUGGUCCAGGUGGUCGGGCUGCUCGCCAUGACGGCCGUCGCGGUCGGUGCGGCGGUCCGUGUCGUCCUGCUCUCGUCAGCGUUUGGCAAGCCGUCGGUCGCGCUGGCGGACGAGAACGAAAAGGAAUGGAGCUUCGGCCAGUUGCUGUCCAUGCUGAUGCUGGUGAUGCCCCUCAUCUCGGCAGUUGAGAUUUAUGGAGGCGACGUCCACGUGGCGCCGGUCGAGGAGGACGCGAGCCCGCUGUUCGUCAACGAGUUGCAGGCGCACCCACGCAACCAGUUCCAGCCGAACCCGUUCUUUGGUUCCGAGACAAACUUGUUUAAGAAGUGA